UGGUAACUAUCUCAUUUCAACUGAGUUGUUGCCCGUGGAAGAUGCCUUCUGCAGCUACUGCGAAACUAGAAAAACAAGCCUCUACGGAGGCUGUUGAACCUAUCCGACAAGCAAUUAUAGUACUUGAACAUAAAAUACGAAACUUGGAAAAGAGAAAGAGAAAAAUUGAGUCAUACCGAGAGGAGCAGAAAAAUGGAAAGGACUUGAACAGUGACCAACUUGCGGCUGUGGCAAAGUAUGAGGAGGUCCAGCAGACACUUGAAUUUUCUCGUGACCUUUGUAAGCAGUAUAAUGGGAUUGCUGUAGAUGCUGCCAAACAGCUUAAAAAACAGGCAAGGAAGGAAGCUUUGGAGAAAGCUCAGCAGGAAGUGGCGAAGGUGAAGGAAAUUCUUAUGGUGCAGGAUGUUCUGCAAAAUAUGGGGCAAGAGAAUGUUCGUGAGGAUUUUCUUGCUGGUCGAAAUGGAGCAGUACUGCUGAGUGGGGAAGAUCUGAAAUAUUUGGACGACUUGUUCACUGAAGUGUCGCUAAAACAUGGAAGAGAGGAUGGGGUUCCUCCUUUCCAGGAGCAAGCUCAGCAUUCAGCAGAACAUCUUCUCAGCAUUGUGGAGGGGAAGAGUAAAGAGAUUGUAGGAACAACAUACGCAAAACUGAAAGAAUUGUUUGCUGUAAUCCAAGCCUGUGGCUACUUUGAUCAAGUGGCGGAGGAAACGUGUGAGGAACAAGCUGACAAGUUAGCGAAUACAGAAACAGAACUGCAGAAUUCACAGGAAACUGUAGAAGAAGACUAUGUUGGUGAAACACAGAUUGUUGCUGCUUCUGAUACAACAUUCCCCCAAGCUGUGACCCAGCUUCAGUCGGUCACUUCAGUAAGCCAACCCACUACAGGCAUUGCAAUUUCAACUACUAUGGUGCCACAGCCAGCUGCCUCAGUUCCAGUCCCAACACCUGUGGCAGCUGUGGAGAGCUCAUACUUCAGCACAUCUGCACCAGCAUUCGUCCCUGCUCAGGCAUCAGCCCUGCAGCAGUCCCGGCCUUUAAACGAGGUCAUCAGUUCCGUUAACAGUAGUUUCAAUUUCCUGCAAGAGUCAGAGUUGGAUUCACCUGAUUUGUCUGCUGUGCUGACGGGGACCAGCCAGCAGAGUCAGCAGGCUCAACAGAGAGGGAUUCCAACACCACCUCCAAGUGUUCCUGUUGCAGUUGCGCCCAUCCCCACACAGACAUUCACAAAUCAGAAUUUUGCAUCUGUGACUACAGCAAAUGUGGCACAGCAGGUAGUUUAUCAACCAGGAAGUGAACUAACUCAGUCGCACAUCCCAGGGUUUGCUACAGCUACCCCAAACCCACCUCCACCAAUUCCAAUGCCACCUUCUCACCAUCAGCACCGUUCAAUUAGCCCAGCAGUUCCCGUAGCAGCAAUGCAGCAGGCAUACAACAACCAGCCUGCAACACAGCAGGUUGCAACUUAUGCUUCACAGGCACAGCAGCAGCCACAACCUGCUGUUGUCCCAAAUCCAUAUACUGUGCAGCAACAGGCUCAGGAGCAAGUUGACCAUCAGCAGGUGACUGAACAAGUGACAAGUGUGACUAUGGAUGACCCUGCUGAUGAAUGGGGACAGACUGAAACUAUCCAGACUGACUGGAGUGAACAGUCAGUGAACCGGCCAGAAUGGAGUCAGCAGACUGAAUCACAGGGAGAUUGGAAUUCUUCACUUGGCAACCAGAAUGAUUCCUUCAUAACUCAAAGCAGUACUAGAGUCUAUGGAAGUGGACGAGGACGGAUGAAUAGGGGAAGUGGGCGAGGUUCAUCUAAUGGCUAUUCUGGCAAUAGAGGACGUGGCAACUACCAAAAUGGUCGUGGAGGAGGUGCUUACGGUUACCGAAACAAUGAAGGAGGAAGCAGCAGUUACUACCACAAUGGUUACCAGCGGGACAGUUUUGGUAACAGCAAUUAUGGAGGGGGAUAUAAGCGUGGUGCUCGUGGCAGUGGUGGAGCCUCCCGAGGAAACAUGGACCGGGGGGGCCCUAGGGGAGGUUCUGGUGGCCGCAGUGGCAGCAAUCCUCGAGGAAAUCGUGGCAGUAGUUUUGUUCGUGGAGGAGGCAGCAGGCAGUAGUCUGCAUCAUAAGUGGAACAGUGUUACAGCAUGUUAAAACUAGUGUAAUUGGAACCAAAUUCUGGAGUCAUGAUUAUGUGAAUGACCAAGAUUGUGACAGUGAAAGACAGUUUAAUGAACGUGAAUUUUUUCUCCACCCUAAUUUGCUCCAUUAUGAAAAGCGAGUGUAAAAUUUAGCCACAUUUCAGUAAUGUGGAUGUAAUGAUUGCUACACUAGAGUCUUUUUAUUAAUUAUGCAGGACAAACAGUCCUGUGAAUAUCAGGCUACUUGGUGUGGACUUGGUGGAAUGUGACAACAGAUUGGUUUGAAGGUGAUGUGGGUUGUGAGAGAAGAGGAGUCAAGUUCAUACCAGUUUCUUAGUAUUAACUAAAAUGUUUAGUGCCAGAAGGCAGUUUUCACAGGGCAACAACUGAGUAAAAGCAUUAAAUACAAAAAUAAUUUUACUAUAAAAAUACCAAAAAAAGAGAACACGUGUAUUGAAAAAGUAACUGAAAACAUAAAAAACGACUAUUUCCUCUAUCUUAAAUGCAUAUCUUUAUUUUGCUUUAUUAAAUAUAAAGAAAUGUUUGUUUUUCUUUGCAGUUGAGUGAUCAGCAUUAUAUCAAGAGUUUCAAUUUCAUUGUGUGAUAUGUAUUAUUAUUAUUAUUAUUAUUAUUACAAUUAUAUCAUCACCACCAUCAUCAUCAUCAUCACUGCCUCCUCCUACUACUUUUUAUUAUUAUUAUUAAUCACACUAUUAUCUUUAGCAUGUAAUAUUAACUAGUUGUUAUUACCACUAUAAUAAUUUCUAUUAUUUUCCCCUGUUUAUCAUAAGAACAUGUUUCAAGACUGCGUAAUUUUUAAAUCUGUUCCAUACAAUUUGCUGCUGUAAUCCCUACAACAAUAUCACAUUCAGUUCCAAAUAUAGUGGACCUCAGCCCACAAGUUGGAUCUUCCAAUAAAAAUGCAUUGCAACAUGA